UCAGUCAGUCUCAGCGCUUCCCCUCUCCCUCUCUCAAAGUACAGUUUUUUUCUUUUUUUUUUCCUGGGCUGACAAAGAGUAAUUACUCCUAUAUAUAUUGAUCCCAACCGGCAACAACCAGAAAAGCAAACAUAAUAAUCGACGAUUGAAAACCCCACCUGACUUUCUCUGAUCACUGCGAGAAAAAGAAGGCGAAUUUAUGAUGGCAGUUGACCUACACAGCACUGAGUUACUGCUUCCCUCUCACUUUCUCUAUGACGAGGAAGAAGAUGUUCUUCCAAAGAAUCUCAAAUCCUCCAAGGUCCACGAAGAGUCGAGCUAUUAUAAUCCCUGGGAAGCUCCUCACGGAACUGAAUCGGCUUUCAGUUCCCCUGUCGAGUCGGAACUCGGUUCCGGUUCCCCCGAGUCGGAGAGUGACAAGGACGACGAUUACAUUGCGGAGUUAACUCGCCAGAUGGCGCACUCCAUGCUUCAAGACGAUGACAAAAACUCCAUCCCAUGCAAUGAAAAAAUGGACAAAAAGACAUGGGGUUCGGCUGGUUCGCCACAAUCAACGCUGUGGUCACCGCUGGGCUUUGGAAGCCCAGAUGGUCCUUCUAAGGAACCAUCGCCGCCACCCUCGCCGGAGCUGGCAGAAGACCCUUUUUGGGAUAGCAGCUACGACGCUGUUGGCAGGUUGGAGAAGAUGAACCUAAACGAUUGCGAAAAACCCAUCUUCCAGAAUAUUGGGUUGUGCUCGAACCAGGCUCUCACUGACCAUCAACUUCGUGCUAUUGAAUUCUACAGGCUGAAACAAGAGCGUCUUAUGAAGCAACAAGGCUCUUCGAAUUGGGAAAGACGAGCAAAUGUUUCUCAGCUGUCUGAGCCAAAAGAACAACCUCUGCAGUUUCCGAAGAAAGGUAGAUUUUGUAGCGGGUCGGGCGAUGGAGGAAAGGCUUGGACAGACCCAUGGACUCAGACUCAGACUCAGCCGCAGGCACAGUGUCACCAGCAAGCCGGGUCGGGCAUGCGGGCGUUUGUCCUGGGUGGCGAUUCAGGAAAUGGGUCGUGUGGGACUGGCGGGACUGGUGUAUUCUUGCCCCGCGGAGUCUGGUACUCCUCCGAAUCACGCAAGAAACCAGGAUGCUCCUCUGUUUUUAUACCAGCAAGAGUUGCGCAGGCGCUAAAGCUUCACUUUGACCAAAUGGGCACCCUGUCUCGAUCCAAUGCUGCUGCUUGCCCUCUUCCACACGAUGGUUUGAUGGGAAGGAGGAGUAAUGGGUUGAAUUCAAAGCAGAAGCGGCAGUCCCGGACGGUGCCAGCCAUGAGCAUGAACUGUCAUGAGAUGGGGCUGCCUCAAGAAUGGACGUAUUGACGCGCACAUGGCUUGCUCGUCUCUUCUGCUCUGUUGGUGAUGAUGGUGUUUUGGCAGUUUUUGGUCCAGGGAAGAAAAAGAGAAGCUUGAAAGACAGAAUAAAGAGGACAAUGAAAGACUCAUGUUGGGUCAAGUACAGUGAAUCUACUACAUUUAGAGAAUAGGAUAGAAAUACAGAUCAAUAGUCUAAGAUCUUUAGAGAAGGGUGUUUUUCUUUUUCUUUUUUCUGUUUCUUAUUUAUUUUAAUUGAAGUGUUUAGAUCAAGAGGAAAUAUUGAAUAAAAAAAAGUUGUCUGGAAGAGGAUUACAGCUUUCCUGAAUCCUGAUCCUUUUGGGAACGUUGCUGGCUGUCAAAAGCCAAGUAAUAGUAGCAAAAGCCAGGAUGUCUUUUUGAAAUCCUUGUAAUAAUAACUCAGCUUCACCAUUGUGAGACUGCUUGUUCUCUCUA